UUGCAGCCAAUCACACAGACGCUUUCUGGAACACCAAUCCGUAGCUGUAGAUGGGAGGGUUUAUGCCAUGUGACACAAACCGACCAGUUACAGACGCAGGUUCCGAGUUCCCUUAUUUGCAGGGGAGGGCUAUAAAAGCAGCAGCCCGGGAGAAGGAGGAAACAGUUUUCUCGUUUAUCAGAAAGCGUAAGGAUAGUUGAUCAUGCCUGAACCAGCCAAGUCCGCUCCAGCCCCGAAGAAAGGCUCCAAGAAAGCGGUGACCAAGACCCAGAAGAAAGAUGGGAAGAAGCGCAGGAAGACGAGGAAGGAGAGUUACGCCAUUUACGUGUACAAGGUGCUGAAGCAGGUGCACCCCGAUACCGGCAUCUCCUCCAAGGCCAUGAGCAUCAUGAACUCCUUUGUCAACGAUGUGUUUGAGCGCAUCGCAGGGGAAGCCUCCCGCCUGGCUCAUUACAACAAGCGCUCCACCAUCACCUCCCGGGAGAUCCAGACCGCGGUCCGCCUGCUGCUGCCUGGGGAGCUGGCCAAGCACGCCGUGUCCGAGGGCACCAAGGCUGUCACCAAGUACACCAGCGCCAAGUAACUGCUGCCCCAUCUCCUGCCCUACUCCCGGCAACACAAAGGCUCUUCUCAGAGCCACUCACCUCCUCCCUAUAAGAUCUGUACCUAGAUUUACUUAUAUCGUGAUGUAACAACAUUGUGACAUGAGAAACAAUUUCAUAGUGGGGGGUUUUGCUUUAUAUGAAAGCAGGCCAGAUGGUUAUUAGUAAUUUCACAGUGUUUGUCCGAAUUCCCAGAGAUGUAUCGGCACAACUCGGGUGGGCGCACUUUAGAUCCAUAGAAUGGUACAGAUAUUUAUACCGGUAAACACUUGGGGAAUAUUUCUGUAGUGAUCGAUACAGUAUCUAGGCCCAAACUCAAAUGAGAGAGAAUUGGUUACGUUAUUACUGGAUUCAUUGUUGCAGUUCUGAACCUGCGAUUUAAAUCAUGUGGCGGAUUUAUUUCUCCGUCCGAUUACAGAGGUCACACAGGGAGAUUUCUAUAACCGGAGCGGUGUCUGACUGUGCGGAUUGUUAUGGGGGGAGCCUGGGGCACGGAGUUAGUGUGUGAAAAGGUGGUGAGAGGCAGAUAAUAUACUGAGAUCAGUGUGAGUGGGAU